CGAACGUUUAAUGGCUGUUAUUCAUGGUCCUAUUGUACCGUCGGUUGGUUUUGUCACCGAUAUUCAUCCUCUUUUCUCCUACAAACUUCAAACUCCAAGCCCUACUCCUUCUUCCUGUCUAUAUCGUGAGAAAUCGACGGGCUAUGCUAAAUGUAAGUUCCUCGUUCGCAAUCUAAUGGCGAAGCCAAACCGUCCCUUUGUCGAGGGUACUCCUUCCGGAUUGAAGGCGCUUCCCUUAUUUGGAGACCUGAGGACUGAAAAAAAUUCCUCAAUUGCACGAGAAACCAAACCGGGUUGCAAGCAAUUAUUGCGUGAAUAA